AUGCCUCUCAAAGACCGUUCUUUUCCAGUGAGCCCUGGAACGGCUCUGUCUGUUUUCUGUUUGUUUCUUUACUCGGCUGGAUUCAUUCGAAUCGAAACAAAACUCAAUGAUUAUGAACAGAGGUUGAAGUCUGUGGAGGAAUUCAUGCCUCAAGAUAAAAUGGAACAGGCAAGGACAGAUUUGCAUUCGGCUGAACAAGGUGAAGUCAAAAACUGUCUGUAGAUUAAAUUAAUGGCUGUCUCGUUUGUUGCGAGACAUGCUUCUUCAAAACUGAUGUACGUAAGAUGACUCUAACUUGCCAAUUACGUUAAUCAUGUACACAGUAAAAUCUUCUUGAUCGAAUUUACUAGCGAGGUCAUAGUCACGUCUCAUCCCUCUUCCCUAUCCGUCGAAAGUUCCCAGAUGCGCCACUUUCGUCUCUUUCCAUUUCAUUGAACAAGUAUCUUAUCCUCAUUUUGCUACCUGCUAACAGACAUUCUAUCUUUGUUAAAUCAUUGCUCAGUUGACGAGCCAAAUGACGAGACGACAAAGCUCCUCAUUAUUUCGACUUUUCUAGCGUUGUUUUCUCUGUUUACGAAUGUUGAAUUCAUCGCAGAGUGGACUAACCGAACUUCUCUGACAGCUUUACCUCUCAUGUAUUUUAACAAAAACUAUCUUCGACUAGCCUGAGGGAACUUGUUUAAUAAUGUCUCACGUUAGCCAGACAUAAUAGUAAUGAAGGAUAUUUAUUAUGUAUUCAAAGAAAAACAAUGAAGCAAGCAAGCCGAUUUUUUUAUUCCUCGGCUUCCCAAUAUUUUAAAUUAAAUAUUUGAAACAGUUCGAGGAUCUCAUUGCAUGAGUUCAAGUAGCAGUUAGCAGCACGUAUUUUGAAAUUUUAUCACGUAGGAAAUUUCAGCGUAAUUAGCGAGUUGACUUUUGAACUCGAUUACUCUUAUACUUGAUACUCUUAGGAAGGGUUAAGGAACCUUUCAGCGAUACUCUGGUGAAAACUGCCGCGCGUUUAGUCCAUCCGAGACCGUGCCCGGCAGUCUGAUCAGAAACGUAUAACUUCCCAAUGUCGACAACCGAGCGAUAUCAAAGUAAGCUCAAGCUUGGAUAAUUUGUCCACUAAAAAAGCCAAAUUAAGAAUCGGUUAGCGGCACGUAUUUUGAAAUUCUAUCCUGUAGGAUAUUUCAGCCCAGUUAGCGAGUUGAGUUUGGAACCCGAUUACUCUUACACUCACAGGCAGCCCAAGCUCCAGCUGUGAGAUGAUCAUCUUCCGCAAUAACAUGGCGGAAUUAUAAGAGUUUGUAUGGGAAUAUUUACGACCGUUUUAACGAAUUAAAAAAUGCUUCAAAUUCUCACCUUACUUCCACAGGAUAUCACUUCUUAUCUGACCGCUUACUUUGAUGAAAAGAACUCAUUUUAGCGAGUUGUCCAUUUCGAGGUUUUCCACCUACAUAUAAAGCGGUCGUAAAUAUUCCCAUAGAAACUCUUAUAAUUCUGCCAUGACUGUUAUUGCGCAAGAUGAUCAUCUCACAGCUGGGGCUUGGGCUGCCUGUGUUAUAGUUGAUACUCUUUAGCAGCACUUUGGUGGAAACUACCAACUGCUGCGCGUUUAGUCCAUUCGAGACCGUACCCGACAGUCUGAUCAGACGCGUAUAACUUCUAAGUGUCGACAACCGAGCGAUAUUAAAGUAUGCUAAAGCUCGAAUAAUUUUUCCACUAACAAAGGAAAAUUAAAUUUUGAAAUCACUUGACAUUUCUAAACAAAUAUCUUAUAUUCUUGAGAAGCUUAAAAGAAACUUUCGGUGGAAAUUCUGCGAAAAUUUCUGGCUGCCGAGCACUUUGUCUGUUUGACACCGUGCCCGGCUGUCGGAAGUCACAGCGUUAGACGCUCUAUCAAGGAAAUAUUUGUCAAGGGAUUAAACUGCAUUCAUAGUGCUUUUGGUAAGUAAAAACAGUUUUCCAGCUUUCCUCAGGCAAAAUUUCAAAAUUAAAAAUCGAAGACAACAGUACGACCAUAUUCUCGCAUUACGCUCCCCGUCUCGAAAUUUAUAGUUUGUGCUCCCACCCGACCCUACCAGCUACCCCAAUCCCCAUCAUUCAAACACACAACUUAAGGAGUAAAUGGUAAUCAAAAUCGCGAGGAAAAAAAAGAAUAGAUGAUUGUAUUUUUUCUUUUUUUAUUGAAGAAGGCAGUGGAAUGCCAUUUUAAGUUUGCUCCUUCCUUUAUUUGAUACAUUUUUAGUACUACGUAUACCCACCUCCUCCAGGCAGCCGAAAACCCUUCGUCUGAAGCGGAGUGUUUUACAUCCGUCUCCUUUCAACAACUCAGCAAAAAUAAGGGAAAUGAUGGAAGACGUCAUUUCUUCUACAUGGAAGAUUUGCAGCAACAAAGGCAAUUUGAAUGUGUGUCCCUGUGGGCGGCCGGGACCUCCGGGAAGAGCUGGACCCAAAGGUGACAGGGGAAGGAAAGGAAGAAAAGGAUCCCAGGGAAUAAUCGGACCACCAGGAAGAAGCGGAAAACAAGGAAUCAUAGGGCCACCAGGAAUAAGAGGAGAAAAAGGAAUGAAAGGAGUCAUCGGGCCACCGGGUAUCCCUGGUAUCCCAGGGACUAAAGGUGAACCAGGUGAAUCCAUUUCAACACCAAAAGUAACAAUUUCUCCACCGAAACUUAUUGUCAACGAAACCAACACAGCCUCGUUCUUAUGCUCUGUUUCGGGAAAUCCAACUGCUCAUAUAUUCUGGUCAAAGGUCAAUGGAUCGUUAUCUAGCAACAGGACUAAAGUGACGUCAAAUGGUAAGAUGCAAAUCGUUAGUGUUCGGAUGGAAGAGGCAGGCGAAUACAAAUGCUUAGCGCGAAAUAUUCUGGGAGAGGAUGAAAAAACUGCGAUUGUCGUCGUACAAAGUAGGUUUAAGUAUUAUGUUUUUUGACUGAGCGGGAGGGCUGGACGGGAAAAUAUUUGGCUCGAGUCAUGCACAUGUCCGCUUUCACCAUGGUUUUCUGUGGGAUUGUGCGCGUGGAGCCGUAGGGGGGCAUAGGAUAAACCAUCUUAUAUAAUUGCUACGACUCUAUAACUCCAAGGUCAAAUCUCGUUAUUCCGAUUAUUAUUUUACAAUUGAGGAACACAGAAUUCCUAGUCCUCACUGAUAAAAGAGACAAUUUUUCUGGUCCAGAGGAUGUCCCGUGAAAUUUGGAUUCCACCGCAAUACGCAAACCAAAAAUAAAAGCUGAUUGUUGUUUUGAGCGACAUGAGCUUCGUCUUUGUAUGAGACCCACGAAUGCAAUGGCAGUUAUUUACAAUAUGCAUGAGGAUUUUCCUAAAUAUCCUACAGAUAAACCGAAAAUCUCACUCUCCCCUAGCCCCACGCAUUUUGAAAAAGACAAGAACAUCACUUCACCAAAAUGUCACGCGACCAUCUAAUGUAAUGACUACGACUCUGUAACUCGAUGAUCAAAUCUCGUUAUUCCGAUUUUUUCACCUUUUUGUACAAUUGAGGGACACGAAAUUCCUAGUCCUGACAGAUAAAAGAGACACUUUUUCUGGUCCAGAGGAUUUCCUGUAAAAAUAGGAUUCCAUCGUAAUACAAUGACCAAAAAUAAAAGCUGAAUGUUGUUUUGAACAACAAUUUGAGGCGAAGGUAAUUUUAGCUCUAAAGAUGAGCCACAUCUUUGUAUGAAAACCACGUAUGUAAUGGCUGUUAUCUAAAAUAUGCAUAAUUAUUUUCCCAAAUAUUUUACAGGUAAACCUAAGAUCUCACUCUCCUUUGGCCCCACUUAUUUUGAACAAGGCAAGAACGUCACUAUGCCAAAAUGUCACGUGACUAGUUUUCCUCCAGCCAUCAUCACGUGGUCUAGAGUGCGCGGUGAACUUGCACAUUCCAGAACUGUUGUGAAAGACGGACAGCUGUCAAUUAUCACUGCUCAAAAGAGAGAUUCUGGUUUGUACGAAUGCAAAGCCUCCAAUAAUCUGGGCCAUGAUUCAGCUUUGACAAAUCUUGUGUGGGAUCUUCCCCGUUUUACAGUCAAUCCACCUGCAAAGCUUGAUGUAGAAAAAAACAAAAAUAUUUCAGUUCUUUGUCAGGCCGCUGGUGACCCUCGACCAGUAAUCACGUGGGUUAAAGAGAAUAGCGACUUGCCAGUUGGAAGAUCACAAGUCAGUGUGAAUGGAACACUUCAGAUAUGGAAUAUUAAAGAUGAAGACUCGGGAAUAUAUAUCUGCACAGCCACAUCAGCGCAACUGUUCAAAACGUCUUCUUUAAUGCAACUAACCCUUAGGAAAGGUAAGGAGUGGUUUGCCUCGGUAAUUGUUCAUCGGGCAGUUUUCUCCACAUUAAGUAAAAUAAACCUAGAGAGCUGAAUAUGACAGUUGACAGUGACUGAAUAUCCAAGUAAGGUUUCGUUUCAAGCGGAAUUCAUAAUCAGAGUCAAGUGAAGGGUGAUCUAUUAAUCAUCAUAAAGAAUUGCAUGCAGCUGGAUCCACUAAGUUAUCCUUACUUGAUUGAUGAAUACAAAAUCAAAAACGAGGAUAAAAUGAGAGACAAGGCAAAACAAAUCAUUCAUAAUCAUGUUAGAACACUCUCCAAUAACCAGUUGUUUCUGUUUACUUCACUGAAACGUGUAUUAAGAACUUUGAAACCAAACUACAUGGCACUGCGUUUUUAGAUUCCCACCAGAUAUCAAAUCGUAAACUGACUGAAAUGUAAGAAUAAUUCCUAAAGAGCACUGCUUCCCUCUUCCCCCGCAGUCCUUUAUGAGGAAGUUGUUCGCUCUUUCUCUAUAAACGCUAGCUGACUCAAUGCGUAAUAUCUAGGGUCUCUAAUAAUAGUAUUGGAAAUUUCAUCGCGGAUGCGAGGCCAUAAGAUGGAAUAAAAAAAAUUGAACGAUUGUGUCACCUGUUUUUACUUAGUGUGCGAGCCUAUUGGUGUGGUGGACAGAAACAGAAUACCAGACGCUAGAAUGACAGCAAGCAGUUUUUUCAAUGGUAAUUAUCAUCCUUUCUACGGUCGACUCAAUGAGAGCAGAGGACAUGGAGGGUGGUGCACUAAAACUACAUCUGACAGAACAGACUAUCUUCAAGUUGAUAUGGGUGAAGUGCGUUUUCUUUGUGGUGUGGCUACACAAGGACUACAAGGGAGCUCUGCAUGGGCCACCAGCUACAAACUACAAUUAUCUACAGACGGUAUAACUUGGAACACUUACAAGGAAACGAAUAUUGAAAAGGUACGGAGAGAACUGUACGUAAUUGACGUUUUCAGGAAUUAGGAGUUUGAAGUCAAUGCAAAUAAUUAGCGGACAGACAUAUACUUAGAUAACGAAUUUGGACACUUAUCUUCAUUGGCUACUGCAGCAGAGAACGCCGUCGGAGAUUAUAAGCUUGUGUAUAACAGAUUUUCCUAGACCACUAGCUAUAAACUACACCUGUCCACAGGCGGUUUAACUUAGAACGCUUACAAGGAGACAAAUAUUGGAAGGGUGCGGACUGCAACUGAGAUUAGCAGUUAUGAAAAAUUAAAGUUUAAAGUAAAUACAAAGUAUCGGCUCAUACACUUAGUUGAGAGUCGAUGUUCAUACUCUCGUAUUACCUACACCAGCCUGUGCGUGGUGCCUUAUAGACGUCAAUGACCGCAAAUUCUUCAACUGUUGAAUUUUUUUGAACGUGCAUUUGUUUCGGGGGUCAUUCAUCACUCGUAUUACUAUUUUCCGAGUCUAUUGAGCCACAGCUCAAAUAUGCUUUUUUGCCUUUAAAACUCAGCGCUCUGAUUCAAUGAUUCUUAACAUCCUCUCCCCAACCAAUCACCUUCGCUUUUUGUGCUACAGACACUGAGCUGUAAAACUCGAAUUAUUUAAGGUUCUUUCUAUUUUUAGGUCUUCCAAGGAAAUUCAGACAGAAACAGCAUUGUGAAACAUCCACUCGAUGCUGACGUCAAGGCCAGAUACAUUCGGUUUUAUCCUGUUACGCAUAACAGUCAUCCUUGUAUGAGGGUUGAAGUAUACGUGCUGCUAAAUUGA